AUGCGGGCCUGUUUAAACGAUCCGCAUACGACUGCCCAAGCGACCGAGGGCAUCAUUGAUCCAGACCAGAUUGACGUAACCCAGAGCGUGCGCGAAGGUUACCAGCCGAUCAAAGGCGUUAAAACACUCGCUGAUCUUUUAACCCAUCGGUCAGCCAAUUUACACUACGAUUUGACUGGCGAGCGAGCUCCGCUGGGUAACUUGGUAAUUUUGGCCGAUCAAAACGGCGACUGGCAAGAGGUGCCGCUGCGGGCGCCGAUCCUUCGACGANUCGCUUCGCAACUUUCAACGCUUGAUUUCGUGCGCGAUUACGUUAACGCGGUGCUCAAGAAGUACACUUCGCAAAAAGGUCUGAUAGCCGAAGGUCGCGACACCACUUUUCGCGUUUUACCCCAGGCCGAGAUUAAAGUUUACCUUGACACCAAACCCGAAAUUCGUGCUCAGCGGCGGGUUAACCAAAACAAAACGCUCGGUUACGAAACAAAUUACCAACAAAUUUUGGCUGAGAUCCAAGCCCGAGACCACCGCGAUCAAAACCGUCAGCUGGAUCCGCUCCAGAAAGUGCCCGGCGUACAAGUGUUAGAUGCUUCUCACUUAAGCGUGGAACAAACUGUCGAAAAGAUCAACCAAAUCAUUAAAACCAAGUUAGGACUCAAUCCGCCUAAUGGCUAA